AUGCAAGUGCCCAGUCAGUUGGCGUCGCUUCUUAGCUGCGGCCUGUGCCGUCGUCCUUAUGACCUCGUUACCCGCCGCCUGCCCAAGGAGCUGGUCUGCCAACACAGCCUCUGCGAGGAGUGUGUGGCCAGUAGCCUCAUUCAAGAGACCUCCGAAUGCUUGUGCCCACUCUGCGGUGUUCGGACCGCCUUGCUCGGCCGCAAGCUGCCGGAAACGAUGGCCAUCAUGUUCCUGCUGCGUGAGCUGCCGGCUCUGGUGCUAGGCAGAGCCAUGCUGGGCUUCUCGCGGGAAAGCAACAGUACCAUAGUAGGUGAGCAGCGGGCCGUUUCCCCGGCGAACUGGCUAGACCAAAUCUGCGUGAAUAGCUUCCUGGCCAGCAGCAGCGAACAUUGCCUGAUCCAUGCCAUGCCCAACUCAACGUGGUGUCAUAACUGCCAGCUUUUGCUAUGUCGCGCCUGCGCAGAUGCUCCGAUUCAUCGAGACCACCGCCUCACCCGCCAGCUGGACUACCUGGAGCUGCUGCGCCAGCUCCUUAGCGCCGAGCUUGUGAAGAUUAAGCGCGCUGCUGCCGAGGCCUCGGACUUGGCCGCCCACGAGUUGAACGUGUUCCGCCAGUUGCACGAGGCCUGCUUCCGGCUGCAGUUGCAUGUGAAGCGCGAGAUCCUAGAGCACAAGCCCUCCAUGGUUUCCAGCCAAAUGAACGGAUGGAGUGUCCGCGCCGAGCACGAACUAAAUAGCUUCGUCGCGCCUCACUCUGCCACGGAUUUACGUAAUCUUCUCUUGCGGUUCGUAAUUCAGCGUCGCAAGUGCGAGAGACAGCUCGUGGAGGUGCACUUCCAGUGCCGGAUGCGAGCCGCCAUCCGGGAGAAUGGAAUGCAGGUUUUGGACUUUGAGACCUUGAAUGACAGGCUCCUAAAGCUGCGCAGUAACCUGCGACCGAGCAGCAUACCCGCCAAUGUGGAGCCACCACUGGCACUCAUUCUAACCAACUACUGCGUGUUUGCUUACUGGACCGAACUGCAGAACCGACUGAUGCCGUCUGAGCUGCUGCCGCAGUCCGGAGUAGCGCGUGAAAUGCAGCCGGAUCAGAAUGAGGAGCUUCUAGCACGCUACUUCUCCGCCGGCGAGGAUCGCGAGGGCUCUGUUAACUCUGUCAAUUCGUCGACCAGCAACAGCAGCAGCUACGCCGGCUUUCAGACCAAUCACUUGUCCGAGAGCACUCAAUUGCAGUUCAAUAUGAUGAAUCAAGAGCUCCAGUGCCCGUCUCAGUCCCAGUCCCAGUGGCAGCGGCAACAAGGGAUGAACGGGCAGAUGGCGCAUGAGGGACUGAGGCGGCAGCGGCUUCACCAGCAGGUGCAACAGCAGCUGCCAACUUUACGGCACGACGAUCCCAACUGGAGUCCCGAGCUACUCCCGAUAUUGGCCCAGAAUGAUAACUCUAGAUCCAGUUUCUUGGUAAGCAUAGCCCGCCCGCCCUCCGUUCACUGUUAUCCCAUCUAUUAUAUGGAAAUGGACAUGGCAGGGGAACUGGUCGGUCGAGUACUAGUGGAGGUGCGUGACGAUGUGGCUCCCCGGAUGUCGGAGAACUUUGGAGCCCUCAUUCGGCAUGACCGAGGCUAUGGCUAUCGCGGAUGCUCCGUGUUCCAAGCCUGGGGAGGCGAGAGCAUCAUCAGCGGGGACUUUGAAUCUAACAACGGACGGGGUGGCCACUCCACUUUCGACACGCGCUACUUUAUGCCGGAUGAUACGGGACUGCCGGCCCACCGGGGAACCGUUGGCAUGCGAAGGGGUCAGAGGCGGCAGGACAAGAGUGGCUUUGUUGGCAGCCAAUUCCGGCUGGUGCUCAACGAGAUGCGCUCGUUUACGGCCAUCUUUGGGUACAUUGUCGAGGGCAUCGAAGUGGUUGACCGAAUUGCUGCCACAGGAAAUGCCAUUGGUCGACUGGCGGUUAAGUGCUUCAUUCGGAAUUGCGGCGAAUAUCACAUUAACCGAUAAAAAGAGCG